AUGGAGACUUACCUGGAAGUUUUAGAUCUAUGGGAAGCCGUGGAAGAAGAUUACGAAGUUCCACCGCUGCCGGACAAUCCAACCAUGGUCCAGAUCAAGAAUCACAAGAAAAGAAGAACCAGGAAGUCAAAGGCAAAAGCAAUUUUGUAUGCUGUUGUUUCAACAACUAUAUUCACGAGAAUCAUGCCUCUCAAAACAGCAAAAGAAGUUUGGGAUUAUCUAAAGGAAGAAUGUGUAGGAGAUGAAAGGAUAAGAGACAUGCAUGUGCUGAACUUAAUAAGGGAAUUCGAAUUGCAAAAAAUGAAAGAAUCCGAGACAACCAAAGAGUACUCAGAUAGACUGCUUGGCAUUGUCAACAAGGUCAGAUUACUUGGCACUAAAUUUACUAGUUCAAGAAUUGUCAAAAAAAUUCUUGUCACUGUGCCGGAAAGAUAUGAAGCUUUAAUAACCACAUUGGAAAACACACAAAGGAUCUGUCCAAAAUCACCUUGGCAGAGCUAUUAA